AUGAAGUCGGCAGUGAUGACAGGGGUCGCAGUGGUGCUCAGCUUCAUGCAAGAAAUAGCAGCAGCGACAUGCACCGACUGUGACUACAGUGAGGAGAGCGUGCUGUUGCAGCAGAUGGGGUCCUUGAACCAGGAGCAUGCGCUGGGAGCUGGCGAAGGUCAUGGAGAUGAGACCUGCCAAAAAGAAGUGGAGGAAACUCAGGCAGCAUGGAGGCAGGCUAUCUUGGACAUCACCGCAUCAUACCUUGAUGAUCCAGAAGGAGACUAUGUCGAGGUGGCCAAGCAUGCAAUCCAUGACCUCUACGCUUAUGGCGUCAGGAAGGCAAAGGUGCUGUUCAAGCCAACCAAGGCUGCCCAUGAACCAUUCCGCUCCACCGAGAUCGGUGCACUGUCAUAUUUCGUCGGCUACGAAGCCACGAAAGACAUGGGUGGCAUCCCCGAGGAUGGGGGCUUUGCCAUAAAUGGCGGUGAGGGCUGGAAAAAGGUCCUGAUGUUCAAUGAUCGAGUCAGUUGCUCAGGGGAUCUUGCCUUUGCCCAGGGGUACUACUACUUCACGAAUGCACACACCGGGGCCGUAGCCGAGGUCGAGUACAGCUUUGUGUACCAGUACCUUAAACGCAAGUGGAGGAUCGUCGUGCACCACUCCUCGGUACCAUUCCCAGUUCAGGCUCCUAAAGAGUCCAUGAGUUUGAUGCAGAUCUCGCAAAACGCGAGGUUGUCAAAGGAAUGGCUCCAGAAUCAUAUGGGCUCAUCAAAACAUAACGCAGUGUGCUCUGAAGAAGUGGAGGCAACUCAGGCAGCAUGGAGGCAGGCUAUCUUGGACAUCACCGCAUCAUACCUUGCUGAUCCAGAAGGAGACUAUGUCGAGGUGGCCAAGCAUGCAAUCCAUGACCUCUACGGUUACGACAUCAAGAACGCAGAAGUAAUGUUCAAGCCAACCAAGGCUGCCCAUGAACCAUUCCGGCCCACGAAAAUCGGCGCGCUGUCGUAUUUCGUUGGCUACGAAGCCACGAAAGACAUGGGCGGCUUCUCAGAGGAUGGGGGCUUUGCCAUAAAUGGCGGUGAGGGCUGGAAAAAGGUCUUGAUGUUCAAUGAUCUGGUCAGUUGCUUGGGGGAUUAUGCCUUGGCCCAGGGAUACUACUACUUCACCAACGCGAAAACCGGGGCCGAAGUCGGGGUCGAAUAUACCUUCGGGUACCAGAAGUUUAAGGGCAGCUGGAAGAUCAUUCUCCACCACUCCUCGGUGCCAUUUCCUGUAGAAGCUCCUGUGGUUGAAAGUCAUUUGCUGCAGAUGAAAGACUAA